AUGGCAUCUCGCAGCCUCUUCGCUGUCUCGCCGGCCUGGCGCAGGCUUGCGACACAGGCACGAGAUGUCCCACGAGUGGCCCCCAUGAUCACCGCCAGGAAUAGCAGCUCUACGUCUGCCAUCGCCUACAAGGCGAUCCGCCGCCGGCAAGCACCCCUCCCCGUCGAGCAACCGCCAGCAUGGUCUGCCCAGGCCGCCGUGUCCAACAUCCUCUACGAGACCCCGACGCCGUCCACCGCCCCGCCCAAGAGGCACGUCCUCAACUGCCUCGUCCAGAACGAGCCCGGUGUGCUCUCGCGCGUGUCCGGUAUCCUCGCCGCGCGCGGCUUCAACAUUGAUUCGCUCGUCGUCUGCAGCACCGAAGUCGAGGACCUCUCGCGCAUGACCAUUGUCCUCACCGGCCAGGAUGGCGUGGUUGAGCAGGCGCGCCGUCAGUUGGAGGAUCUUGUGCCUGUUUGGGCUGUGCUGGACUACACUGCGUCGCCGCUUGUGCAGCGCGAGCUGGUGCUCGCCAAGAUCAACAUCCUCGGCCCUGAGUACUUUGAGGAGUUGCUGGCCCAUCACCGCGAGAUAUCGGCGGAUCCGGACAAUGGGAAUGGCCAGGAGAUCUCGGACUCGAGCCUCGUGGAGGCGGCCAAGGACUUCCACCCGAGCAAGCUGGUGGCCAGCGAGGCUCUGCGCCACAAGCACGAGCACUUGAAGAGCAUCACCUACUUCACACACCAGUUUGGCGGCAAGGUCCUGGACAUCAGCACUAACAGCUGCAUUGUCGAAGUUUCCGCGAAGCCAUCCAGGAUAGACUCUUUCCUCAAGCUUAUUGCCCCCUUCGGUAUUCUCGAGUCAGCUCGCACCGGCCUUAUGGCCCUGCCCCGCUCGCCUUUGUACGGGCCCGACGAGGACUCACAUGUAAAGGAGGCUGAUGAGGUUGUGGAUGCUAGCCAGCUCCCCCCUGGUUAA